AUGAACAAUUCAAAGACAACAUACUUAGUGAUUGGAGCAGUUGUGGUGAUUAUAGUGAUUGCCUUGGCUGUGGGAGCAGUUCUAUAUAAAAAUGGACUCAGCAAAGAUACUUCGGGACAGUCUUCCACUAAUGCAAGUCAUGUGACAAUCACUACCAGUCAGUCAAUUAGUUCACAUCUGACACCAGAGCUAACCACAGAGAACAACGAGAACACCGUUACUUCAGAGCUGAUCCCAACAUCACCUAUAGAUGCCAUCAAAGAAACGGUUAGUACACUGAAAGGGACAGUUAGUAUGGUAUCUAAGAAUGACUUCACAACCCUAUCCCCGGUGGAGCCAAAGACUACACCACUGUUUGAGUCAUUCGAUGCCGACUGUUUGAAAAAUCAUAACAGAUUGCGAGCCCGACAUGUCAAUACACCUCCACUCAAACUUAAUUAUACAUUAGCGGACUCAGCGAAUGCUUGGAACCAAAAUCUUUCGCAGAGGUUAGAAUUCCGACACAGUUUUGAACAUGGAGUCGGCUCCAGGUAUGGCGAAAAUCUAUGGUCGUCCAAUGGUACAGAGUCAGGCUACAAGACAUUGACCUGCAAACAAGUGGUGAUUUACUGGUACAGAGAGAUCUGGUAUUAUGACUAUGAUACAGCGGGUUUAGGGAGUACUCCCCAGAAUUUCACCAAAGUUGGACACUUCACUCAACUGGUGUGGAAUACCACCACUGAUGUGGGCUGUGCUAAGUUCUUCAAUAAAACAACCAGUAGGAUUUAUUUGGCCUGUCACUACUACCCUGCUGGCAAUCUGGCCUGGGGAUUCGGGUCUUAUGUUAAGCCUUUAAUAGACAAUUCAAGUCUCGGGCUCAGCAAAGAUACUCCGGAACAGUCUUCCACUAAUGCAAGUCAUGUGUCAAACACUUCCAGUCAGUUAAUCAGGUCUGAUCUGACACCACAGCUAACCUCAGAUUAUAAGGACUCCAAGUAUAAUGACUUGAAGACCAUAUCACUGGUGGAUCCCAAACCUACACCACAAUUCGAGACUCGACCGGUUAGUAUGGAAUCUAAGAAUGACUUCACAGCCCUAUUUACGGUGGAGACCAAGACUACUGGUGGAGCAGUUCUAUAUAAAAAUGGGCUCAGCAAAGAUACAUCGGGACAGUCUUCAACUAAUGCAAGUCAUGUGACAAUCACUACCAAUGCCACCAAAGAAACGGUUAGUACACUCAAAGGGACAGUUAGUAUGGAAUCCAAGAAUUACUUCACAACCCUAUCCCCGGUGGAGCCCAAGACUACACCACUGUUUGAGUCAUUCAAUACCGAGUGUUUGGAAAGUCAUAACAAAUUUCGGGCCAUGCAUUUGGACACCCCUCCACUCAAACUGAAUUAUAAAUUAGUGGAAUCAGCGGACAGUUGGGCCAAAAAUCUUUCGGGUCUUAAUAUCUGGCGUCACAGCCAUUUAAAAGGUGUCGGUGAAAAUUUAUGGCAUAUGUGGGCGAGCAGUAAUAGACCAGGGUACAUCAUACAGGUAUAUAAUGAAUUGAACUGCCACGAAGCCAUCAAUGCUUUUCACAGCGAGACUCAGUUUUACAACUACAAGCCUCCCAAAACUGGUCAUCCCCACAAUUUUCAAGCUAUUGGUCACUUGACUCAACUUAUUUGGAGGGCAACCACAGAUGUGGGAUGUGCUAAGGCCAUGAAUACGACAAACAGUAAGGUUUAUGUGGUCUGUCACUACCAGCCCCCUGGCAAUUAUGGUGGACAAUACGCGGCUAAUGUUAAGAGUGUGUCCAUUGUCUCGAUUGCCCCGACAGGUGAUGACGUGUGCUCCCCGGCCACAUGCAAAGCACCGAAAUGUUCGUGUUUUAGUUCAGAGCCCCCAUUCGGCCACAAGAAGGAGGAGAUCCCGCAGUUCGUGAUCAUGAGCUUCGAUGAGGCCGUGCGACUGGAGACCCAGCAGUUCUACGAGACACUCCUCAACUACACCAACCCUAACGACUGUCCCAUUGAAGCGACGUUCUUCGUCUCACACGUGGACACGAAUUACAAAUUAGUGCACGAAUUGCACCGAAGGGGUCAUGAGAUCGCCGCCCAUUCCAUCUCUAAGACCACACUUGGAGGUCAGGCCCGCUGGAAGAGUCUGGACUUAGAGGGCUGGAGGGAAGAGUUCGGUGGCAUUAAACGGAUUCUCUCCAAACUGGCGGACAUUCCCAUCAAUGAGAUCGUGGGCUCUCGCGCUCCUGAUCUGCAAACUGCCGGAAACAUCACGUUUACGGCGCUCGCCGACGAAGGCUUCCGAUACGACAGCUCACAGCCAUCGCGAAAAUAUACGGCAAAACCGCUCUUCCCCUACACUCUGGACUUCGGGUUCAAAGCCGACUGUCAGAUAGAGCCGUGUAUGUCGUCAGAGCACACGUAUCCCGGCUUCUGGAGUAUACCGAUGAACGAUUGGACCACAAAACUCGUGAAUCCCGACAACACUACGAUAGACAUCCCGUGCGCUGAAGUGGACGCCUGUACUAUAUAUGACUCAAACGGCACAUACAUUGAAGACCCGACGGUCGAGCAGUUCGUCGAAGUGUUUGAGGAGAACUUCAACCGAUUCUAUACCGCAAACAGAGCUCCCUUUCCGCUGUUCCUGAGGGACGCCUGGCUCUCACACACCGAGAACCGCAGGACAGCAUUGCUUCAGUUCAUCGACAGUCUGACCGCCAAAAAGGACGUCUACUUCGUAUCCAUUAGCGAACUGAUCGAUUGGAUGGGAAGGGGAUCGGAGGCAACACUCCUCAAGAACUAUAAGCAAACUUCAUGUGUGAAACAUCCGAUUGAGGACAAGUGCGGCAAAACUGAUUUAGUGGUCCCUAAAGGCAACUGUCAGUACAAACACAUCGAUGUGCUCAAAGGUUUGGACAAACUGGUGGUCAUCUGCAACGACGUCCAGUGCCCGCACGACUACCCCUGGCUUCACGACGAGUACAACCAAACCGUUACUCUUUGAAUGAAUUAAUAAAAUCAUUGCUUUUAUAGUUAACAGUGUCA